CCGCCUGUCAGCCAGCCUUUCGAGCUAAUUAGCUCAGCCUACAACAAAGAUAAGUGAGCCUGCGAGGAGGGCCCCCUGAGGGGUCUUUAGAUUCUGGGAAAUGUCUGAUUGGCAGAUGUUAAAAGGGAUUCUUUGGUAAUCCAGUGCAUCAAUGAGCUGCACAAAUUCAGUCCAGGACUGCAAGAAUUCAGGCAUGAGGACACUCUGUGCAGCAGGCACACACAGGCAGACCCGAGAUGGACAGAACCUUGGAAUCUCUGCGACACAUCAUUGCCCAAGUCUUGCCUCACAGAGACCCGGCUGUAGUCUUCAAAGACUUGAACGUUGUAUCAAUGUUACAGGAAUUCUGGGAAAGCAAGCAGCAGCAGAAGGCCACGUUCCCAAGUGAAGGUGUGGUCGUCUAUGAGUCUCUGCCUUCUUCAGGGCCCCCCUUUGUGAGCUAUGUGACUCUCCCCGGAGGGAGCUGCUUUGGCAAUUUUCAGUGCUGCUUAAGUAGAGCUGAGGCCAGACGGGAUGCAGCCAAAGUGGCCCUAAUCAACUCCCUCUUCAACGAACUCCCCUCGCGCAGGAUCACCAAGGAAUUCAUCAUGGAAAGUGUUCAGGAAGCGGUAGCCUCCACCAGCGGCACUUUGGACGAUGCAGAUGACCCCAGCACGAGCAUCGGCGCCUAUCACUACAUGUUGGAGUCAAAUAUGGGCAAGACGAUGCUGGAAUUUCAGGAGCUGAUGACUAUUUUCCAACUACUGCACUGGAAUGGAAGUCUAAAAGCUCUCCGAGAAACAAAGUGUUCUCGACAGGAAGUCAUCUCCUAUUAUUCCCAGUAUUCCCUAGAUGAAAAGAUGCGCAGCCACAUGGCCCUGGACUGGAUCAUGAAGGAGCGGGAAUCACCUGGAAUUCUUUCCCAAGAGCUACGAAAGGCCCUGAGGCAGUUGGAGGAAGCCAGGAAAGCAGGCCAAGAACUGCGAUUUUACAAAGAAAAGAAAGAAAUUCUGAGCUUGGCCCUGACUCAGAUCUACAGUGACCCGGACCCUUCCUCGCCCAGUGACGACCAGCUGAGCCUGACGGCCCUGUGUGGCUACCACUAACGAGGCUGGGUCCCACGUACCCCAGACACCGACCUCAGGAAGCUCCACGCAGAGGUCCUCAGGUGUCCGCAUAUCAGCGACAGGAAGCUGUACUGACCCCCAGGCAUGCAUUCCAUUCUCAGAAUGAAACCCCGUCCCACUCCAUCCACGUUCCCAUCACACUCUUUAGCAGAACCACCUCAGAAUGAAAGGAUGAAGACAAGAUGGCUGGAAAAAUAGUUUCCAGGGCUGGCUCCACUUUAGAGCCUAGCUGGCAUGUGCCUUGCUAGAUUCUAAAUGUUGUUUCCAAGAAUAGGCCAUUGUAGCACCCCGCCCCCAUGAAACCCAGCUUCCAUUGAGUAGGAGAAGUAGCAUGGAAACCAUUUUUAAGUACAUGGGAUUAAAUAAACAAU